AUGGAAGAUGCAGCAUCAGCACCAACUCAAAGAGCAGUACCAAACCAGAAUACAACACCAGCACCAGAAUCCAAUCCCUAUUACCUACAUCCCAAUGAAAGCUCAUCGCUGGUCUUAGUAUCUCCUUCAAUGAAUGGAAAGAACUUCCACACAUGGCAAAGAUCAAUGCGUAUGGCACUCCUAUCCAAGAACAAGCUUGGUUUUGUUAAUGGAACAAUCAAGAAACUAGAUGAUGACAGUCCUCUAUUUGGUUCAUGGGAAAGGUGUAACACUAUGAUAAUUUCUUGGCUCAAUCGAUCCAUCUCAGAAUCCAUUGCACAAUCAGUGCUUUGGAUGGAGAAAGCAGAUGAUAUAUGGAACAACUUGAAAGACAGGUUUGCUCAAACUGAUAUGUUUAGAAUUUCUGAUCUUCAAGAUGAAAUUUUCAAAUUGCAGCAAGGAGACAAAUGUGUUUCAGAUUACUUCACCCAAUUAAAGAUUUUAUGGGAUGAAUUAGAAAGCUUACAGCCAAUUUUACCAUCUUGCGCAUGUGGAGCAGCAACACAAGUAAAGGAUACUCGUGAAAGGGACUAUGUAAUAAGAUUCUUGAAAGGGUUAAAUGACCAAUUUGAACAUGUGAGAGCUCAAGUAAUGCUAUUAGACCCUCUUCCAUGUGUUAACAAAGUAUUCUCAUUGAUUCUUCAGCAAGAAAGGCGCCUGAAAAUAGGAGUCCAAGAUUCACAAUCUUUCAUCAAUAUUGCUGAUCAUCCAAAUUUCAAUCAGAACUUCAACCAAGGUUUCAAUCAAGGAAGAGGCCAAGGUUUUAAUCAAGGAAGAGGCCAAGGUUUCAAUCAAGGAAGAGGUCGUGGAAAUAAGUUUUGCACAUAUUGCAAGAGAACAAACCAUACCAUCGAGACAUGCUAUCUCAAGCAUGGAUUUCCACCAGGAUACCAAACCAGAAGACCAUAUGCUGCUGCUGCUGCUACAAACUUUGUUUCACUAGAAUUUGAUGAUAGUGUACACAAUACUGAUCCAGAACCUGAACCAGAAUCUCUGAAUCUUGCCUUUUCAAAAGAACAACAUCAAGAAAUUCUGGAACUUCUACAAAGAUCAAAGCUGCCUCACUCAUCCAAUAUGAUUCAAACCCACUCAUCUGCUUUCAAUAUAGGUAACACAGUAUCAGGUAUAAAAUCAAACCAUUGGAUUCUGGACACUGGAGCUACAGAUCACAUCACAUAUAUUUUCUCUAAUCUUUCAUGUGUCCAAUCCAUAAAUCCCAUACACAUCACACUUCCAAAUGGCACUCAAAUUACCACAACACAAUCAGGCACAGCAAGAAUUUCUGAUUCUUUAGUUCUUAAAAAUGUUCUCUAUAUAUCAACCAACCAGACGAUUGGUUCAGCUAAACAAUUAGAUGGACUCUACAUAUUGAAGACACAUGAAGGAUCUGUAAAGAAAAGUUUCUGCAAUAAAGUGAACUCCAAUGAUGCAUUGAUAUGGCACCAAAGACUUGGUCAUCCUUCUGAACCAGUCAUGAAGACCAUGUCCAUCUACUUCCCUUUCAUUUCAU